AUAUGCUCCAGAAUGGAGAAAACAAUAUAUUCAAUACGAGGCUUUCAAGGAGAUGCUUUAUGCGGCCCAGGACCAGGCCCCAUCCAUAGAAGUCACAGAUGAAGACACUGUCAAACGGUAUUAUGCCAAGUUUGAAGAGAAGUUCUUUCAGACGUGUGAAAAGGAGCUCUCCAAAAUCAACACAUUCUAUUCAGAGAAACUGGCUGAGGCGCAGCGCAGAUUUGCAACUUUGCAGAAUGAGCUGCAGACGUCUCUGGAUGCCCAGCGGGAGAGCAAUGCUCCAGGGCUGCGCAGUCGCCGCAAAACGGUGUUGCCUUUGUCCAAUAAAGAGCGCAACAAACAUCGCAACAUCAAAGACCUGCAGCUGGCUUUCAGCGAGUUCUACCUCAGCCUCAUCCUUCUGCAGAACUACCAGAAUCUGAAUUUUACCGGAUUCCGUAAGAUUCUGAAGAAACAUGACAAGAUUCUGGACACACAGCGAGGAGCUGAUUGGCGUGUGGCUCACGUGGAGGUGGCUCCAUUCUACACCUGUAAGAAGAUCACACAGCUCAUCUCUGAGACCGAGGCCCUGGUGACCACGGAGCUAGAAGGAGGUGACCGUCAGAAGGCUAUGAAGAGGCUCAGAGUUCCACCUCUUGGAGCAGCCCAGCCUGCACCCGCCUGGACCACUUUUCGUGUAGGACUGUAUUGUGGAGUCUUCAUUGUCCUGGCUGUCGCCUUUGUCCUUAUUGGUAGCUUUUUCUUUCGUCAUCUGAACAUCUGGCCGCUGAUACGCAUCUACCGCGGUGGUUUCCUGUUGAUUCAGUUUCUCUUUCUCUUGGGGAUAAACACGUAUGGCUGGAGGCAGGCGGGUGUCAAUCAUGUGCUGAUCUUUGAGCUGAACCCUCGAAACAAUCUUUCACAUCAACAUCUGUUUGAGAUUGCUGGAUUUUUAGGGGUGUUGUGGUGUCUCAGCAUCCUAUCCUGUCUGUUUGCGGACAACACUUGGCUCCCUAUGCAGGCAAACCCACUCAUCCUCUAUGGCUUCAUGGUGCUCUUCCUCAUCAACCCUUUCAAAACUGCCUACUACAAAUCCCGUUUCUGGCUCAUCAAACUUCUGUUCCGUGUGUUCACGCCCGUUCACAGCGUGGAGUUUGCAGACUUCUGGCUGGCAGAUCAGCUCAAUUCUCUGGUCAUUGUGCUGUCGGAUCUGGAGUAUUUGGUCUGCUACUACAGCAUGGAGCUGCAGUGGGGAGAUCACCGCGGUUUACUGCCCUACACAUAUGGUGAUGAAAGGUGUAACAGCUAUUCUUAUGGAGUUCGGGCCAUCAUCCACUGUCUGCCUGCCUGGCUGCGGUUUGUUCAGUGUCUGCGACGUUACCGUGACACCAGGAGGGCCUUCCCUCACCUGGUGAAUGCUGGGAAAUACUCCACCACCUUCUUUGUGGUCACAUUCGCAGCCCUCUACAGAACUCAUAAAGGUAAAAACAGACAAACUGUAAUUAAUUACAUAUUAUGAAUAGUUUGAGCCAAG